AUGGUAUACCGGUGCCAUCUUUUCAUAGCUUCCCCCGGAGCAGGCAAGAACGAGGCAGCUGCAGCCACGGAAGAGGCGGCAAGGGCAUUCAUAGUGGUCAUGAUAGCACAUUGUGAAACUGGUGUGGCUGCCUUCGUCUUCUCUUCGAGCACCAGACAAUGGCGAGUUGCUGCAUCCAAGGGUUGGAGUGAUUUGUUCCCCUACCAGGGAGAGUCAGCCAUGAUGUCAUCUAUGCACCCUAAGUUUGUCGGGCGCCAUUACGCUUAUGGCUGCUUUUAUUUGGAGUCCACAAUGAAUAAGAAGUUGCUCGUGUUUGACACGCGGAGGAUGGAGUUCUCCAUUGUCGACGUCCCACACGAAACAUCAAACAUGUUCGGUCUAGCCAUUGUGGAGGCAGGAGAAGACAUGAUUGGCAUGUUUGAUAUCCAUAAUGAUCUCCGUUAUUACAUUAGAGGAAACAAAGGUGAGAGUUCUAGCCAGUGGAAGAUCAAGAAGACAAUCUCACUACCUUCUGAUUAUCCGUACUAUAUCCAAGAUUCAACCGGGAGGUACUUGCUCCUAAGAAAGAUUGGACCCCUGCAGUCCAUAAGGUCAUCUCCGGAGAUGCUAGAGGUGGGAUAUGUCUCAAUGGACGUCAAGACGUUGCAGCUUGAAAGGGUUUGCGGUGUAUCAUUCGGGUUUAGCUUGGCCAGCGCACGCAUAUAUACCAGCUUCCCACCAUCCUUGUUGUCUGCACCGACAAUAUGA